ACAAUGGAGCUUGCGCUUUUCUCCGCCUCUGCGGUUAUCCUGUCUUCGCUUCACAUCCCGGUGUCUCCACCUUGGAAAUGGGGUCCUUCUUCCUCGUCUCCACGCCCCCGGUCCUGCCAUAGCAAGGGUUGAACGGCGAGGACCGGAAGUGUGUGCAGGCGGCGGGUCCCCAAGAAUCGACACCGGAAGUAGCGGUUGCUCCUGGAUUGCGCGCGCUGCGCCAUGGCGGCGAUCCCCCCCGACUCCUGGCAGCCGCCCAACGUGUACUUGGAGACCAGCAUGGGAAUCAUUGUGCUGGAGUUGUACUGGAAGCAUGCUCCAAAGACCUGUAAGAAUUUUGCAGAGUUGGCACGUCGCGGUUACUACAAUGGCACCAAAUUCCACAGAAUCAUCAAAGACUUCAUGAUCCAGGGAGGUGACCCAACAGGGACAGGUCGGGGUGGUGCAUCCAUCUAUGGCAAGCAGUUUGAAGAUGAACUUCAUCCCGACCUGAAAUUCACGGGGGCUGGAAUUCUCGCAAUGGCCAAUGCAGGGCCAGACACCAACGGCAGCCAGUUUUUCGUGACUCUUGCCCCCACCCAGUGGCUCGAUGGCAAACACACUAUUUUUGGCCGUGUGUGCCAGGGUAUAGGAAUGGUGAACCGAGUAGGAAUGGUGGAGACGAACUCCCAGGACCGCCCGGUGGAUGAUGUGAAGAUCAUUAAGGCGUACCCUUCUGGAUAGGCUUGCUGCUGUCUUGGGCAUGCUCAGGUCUUCUGAGAUGGCCCUUGUGAACCAGGUUCAGCGGGACCUAGAGUGCCACGUACUUAAACUUCAUUUGGGCCUUGCAAAUCACAGAGCUAAGGAGACCUAGGGUCUUGGGUGAGUUAGAGAUGGAAGUAUAUAUUUUUUUUAUUUUAUUAUUUUUUUAAAAAUAAUUUUUCUAAAUUUUAUUUGAGAGAGGGAGCACAC